AUAGAGCGCAUAAUCACAUAAUCAGAUUAGAGACAAUGGAAGAGCAUCUAUACUCCACCACUUUUACGUUGGAGCACGACGCAGCUUCGACGGUGACAUGCGGCGACGAGGAUUCGAUGAGUCAUCGCCAUGUCCAUUUUACGUAUGAGAUUGUCGGUCUCGAGUCAUUCGAGGACUCACACACCAUGUGUGUUUUCAGCGAUUUGGUGCACGCGCCGGAGGAGCACCGUCAUGACUUCUUCCGGGAGGAGUUAUCGUCUACAUACCUGUGGCCCAUUGAAGACGAAGCCAUCAUCAACUCCAUCGCUGAUGCCGUCAUUGCUCGGGUCGCCCAGCCCGGGCCGAGCUUUCGGGUCGACAUACGCACCACCGCCUACGAUGAGGAUGAUGCGGGCGCCUUACCUGAUCAUGCCGCGGAGGCGGAGGCAGUUUAUCUGGCACCGGAAGUGAUCCAACUGUCGCUGAAGAGGAAGAGAGUGGAUGAGUGCGGUGGCGGGGAGGUGGCUUGCGCCAUUUGUCUCGACGGAGUGCCGUCGGGGGCGGAGGUGCCGGUCAUGCCUUGCAACCAUUCUUCGUUUCAUAUGGACUGUCUUUUGACUUGGUUGCGAAGAAACCUCUCUUGCCCUCUCUGCCGCCGCAAGAUUUCUGUCUGUGAUUCUUGAUUCCAGUAGCGUAGGUGACCGGCAGUGCUUAAUUAGUGCUUACGCAAGCAGAUUUUUUUAUUCUUGUACAGAACUAACUUGUUCCAUCAUUAUUAUUAAUUCCGAG